CUGUACAAAAAUUACCAGCAAGCCCUGACCAUAAUGUUUGCUGUGGAGGAGAUCAACGGGCACCCCAACCUGUUGCCCAACCUCACGCUGGGCUUCCACCUCUACAACGCCUACCACAGCGACGCCAGGACCUUGGAGAGCUCCCUGCGGUGGCUGUCUGGGCAGGGCCAGCUCAUUCCUAACUAUAGUUGCAGAGGUGAAGAGAAACCUGUGGCUAUCAUCGGAGGAGCCACAUCGGCUCUGUCUGUCCAGAUGGGGACCCUCCUCGAGCUCUACAAGUAUCCACAGGUCAUCUAUGGACCAUUUGAUCCCAUCCUGAGUGACAAGUCUCAGUUUCCUUCUCUUUACCAGAUGGCUCCUAGAGACUCUUCCCUGCAUAAAGGUAUGGUCAGACUGAUGACUCACUUUCAGUGGACGUGGGUGGCUCUGGUGACAGUAGAUGAUCUGAGAGGUGAAAAAUUCCUUCAGGAACUGACUUUGGAGAUGGCAAAUUAUGGCGUCUGUGUGUCCUUCACAGAGAAGAUCCCUGUCAGUGAGAGAAGACACGCAGAAUCCCAGGUGCCUUUUAUGCCAAGAAUCAUGGCAUCCACAAGCAGAGUGAUCUUCAUUCAUGGUGACACUGACUCAUUGAUGAUCUUGAGAUAUUCACAAUUUCCUUUUCUCCCAAACUGGAAAGUAUGGGUCACCACCUUUUACUGGGACAUUACCAUGAGGCCUCAAUAUAUCGAUGGCUAUAAUUUCAAUGGGACACUUACAUUUUCACACCUAACAAGUGACAUUCCUGGUUUUAAACCUUUUCUCGGGACAGUGAGCCCUGCCAAAUACUCAGAGGACCUUGUCUUGAGGGAAUUCUGGCACUCAGCCUUCCGAUGCACAGAUGAACUUGAAAAGUUGAAACACGAGGGAUGUUCCACAAAUGCCUCCCUGGACACUCUGCCUUUACGUUACUUUGACAUGACCAUGUCUGACUUGAGUUAUAUUAUCUACAAUGGUGUAUAUGCUGUGGCCUGGGCCCUCCAUGAAAUGCUAAUGAGGAAACUAGAAAAAGGAUCCAUGGUAGAGGGAGAAAGCUGGGUGCCUCAUCCCUGGCAGCUCCACUCCUUUCUAAGGAAUCUCCAGUUCAACAACAGUGCUGGUGACCAAGUGUUUAUGGAUGAGAAGAGAAAUCCAGAAGCUCAAUAUAACAUCUUGAACUAUGUGACCUUCAAUAUAGAUGCUGAGGCUCUGGUGAAAGUUGGACAGUUUAGCCCCAAGGCUGAGCCUGGUAAAGAUUUCACCAUUAACAAGGAAGCCAUAGUAUGGGGCUGGUCAGGUUCAAAGAUUCCCUGUGCCAUGUGCAGUGAGAACUGUGGUCCUGGAUUCAGGCAAACUCCUCUGGAGGGGGAGCCCAUGUGCUGUUUCAACUGUUCCCUGUGCCCUGAGGGGGAGAUCUCUAAUCAGAUGAAUAUGAAACAUUGUGUGACAUGCCCAGAAGAUGAGUAUCCAAAUAAGGAAAGAAGUCAAUGCCUCGCUAAGGUUGUGAUUUUCCUGAAUGUUUCAGAACCUUUGGGGGUGACUCUCAUCUGUGUAGCGUUUUCUUUCUCUCUCCUGACAGCCCUGGUCCUCUGGGUGUUUGUGAAGUUUCGAGACACCCCCAUAGUCAAGGCCAAUAACCGGGCUCUCAGCUACACUCUCCUCAUCUCCCUUAUCUUCUGCUUCCUCUGCUCCCUGCUCUUCGUUGGCCGCCCUUCAUCAGUCUCUUGCCUCCUCCGACAAACAACGUUUGGGAUUGUGUUCACUGUAGCUGUGGCCUCCAUUUUGGCCAAAACCAUCAUGGUCGUCCUGGCUUUCAGGCUCACAAUACCAGGGAGCAGGGGCAGAAUGUGGGUCCAAUCCAGAGUGUCCAACUCUGUCGUCAUUAUCUGUUCUGGGAUUCAAGUGACUCUCUGUGGCGUCUGGUUGGGAAUCGCUCCUCCUUUCCCUGAUACAGACACACACUCUGAACCAGGUCACAUCAUCAUUGGGUGCAAUGAGGGUUCUGUUAUUGCCUUCUACUCUGUUCUAGGCUACAUGGGAUUCCUAGCCUUGUGCAGCUUCACAGUGGCUUUCCUGGCCAGGAACCUCCCUGACACCUUCAAUGAGGCGAAGCUCAUCACCUUCAGCAUGCUGGUGUUCUGCAGUGUGUGGGUCUCCUUCCUGCCCACCUACCAGAGCACCAAGGGCAAAGCCAUGGUGGUGGUGGAGAUCUUCUCCAUCCUGGCCUCCAGUGCUGGCUUACUGGGCUGCAUCUUCAUUCCCAAAUGUUGGGUGAUCCUGCUGAGACCAGACAGUAAUACUCAGGAGAGGAUAAGGAAUAAAGUAGAUUCCAGGGGCAAAGAUAAUAUUUGA